AUGGUGAAACUAUACACAUUCGCGGUAUUGUUUACCGCCUAUUGUUCAAUCCAAGCUAUUGAACUUGACCAAGUAGAACCUCAAGUGAUUGAAAGUAAAAAAGAUGGCACACUUGUUGUGGAAUACUACCAUCCCGAUUGUAAAAAAUGUGUAGAGUUUGAACCUACUUUUGCUCAACUUGUUGAAAAGUAUCAACAUAAUGUCGCCUUUGCUAAACUGAACUGUGCUGACCAUAAGACCUAUUGUCAAGAGAAGGGUAUCGUGCGCUUCCCAACACUACAAUCCAAUCUGAAUGGUGGUGACUGGAAAGAAUACACUGGAAGUUUUGAUAUGUCCUCUCUUGAGCGUUUUGUACAAACAAAUCAAAUGGCUAGAAACCCAGACGGAAAGAGCAUUGAAAUCAAUCGAUCUGCUCAAUUGAAGGCUAUACUUGAAAGCAAAGAACCUUGGUUUGUUAAGUUCUAUGCACCUUGGUGUGGGCAUUGUAAGCAACUUCAGCCUACUUGGGUUGAUAUGGCAAAGCAGUUAAAGGAUAAAGUCAAUGUUGCUGAAGUCAAUUGUGAAGAUAGCAAAGCGCUAUGUCAAGAAUACAAAGUCACUGGUUUGCCUACACUCAGCUAUUUUGUCCAUGGUGCUAUUCUCAAAUACUCUGGUCCAAGAAAACUAGACAAUCUAGUUGAUUAUGCAGUCAGAAUGUCUGGUUCGCCUGUUCAUAAAGUGGAAACAGAAAAGGAAUUGGACGAGUCUUUAAAAAAUAGCGAUGUCAAUCUUAUUCACAUUACUACCAAUGAAGACAGUACAGGUCUUUCUGAAUUAGAAGCCAUUGCACCUCAAUAUAUGGAAACAGUGCCUUUCUACACCACCUCUGAUUCCAACCUUGUUUCCCGUUAUAAGCUCAAAUUAUCCCAACUUCCAGUAGUUAUCAUGGUCAAAGAUGGCACACACCUUGUAUACGAUGGAUCUAUUGAACAAAUUGGUCUUUGGAUUCAUCAAGAGCGUCAUCCUCUUGUUACUCAUAUUACUCCUCACAAUUCCAAUGCGAUUUUGAAGGGUCCACAUGUCGUUGUGCUGGGCAUUACUCAGUCUGACGAUACAGCCUCUGAAGCCAAAUUGCGUGAGCUGGCUGAAUUGUACAAGAAGCAAGUAGGAAAAGACGUCGUUUUUGCUCAACUCGAUGGCAAACAAUGGGGAAACUUUGUUUCUCGUGUCUAUGGCAUUCAAAGCAAAAGUCUUCCUGCUCUUGUUGUACUGGAUCCCAAGAAUGAAGUCUAUUACAAUCGUCAUAAAAACCAACAAUUGUUCAACCUAAACAACCCAAAGGCCAUUUUGAACUCGCUUGGACAUUUAAACAGUCUCACUGGUAUUUCUACAGCACCUUCCAAGACGAUGGGUAUGGUAGAAAAGGUUUUGAUCUUCUUUGGUGAUCAUUGGAUUGUGAUGAGUACUUUAUUGUUUGGUUUCUUUGGUCUCUUGUUUUGGUUGAUCAACAGUGAUGAUAACCAGUUGAGUAGAGAACAGAUCAAAGAAAUAGCUAAGAAGGAAGUUGCUGAAAGAAACCAAAAGACACCUAUUGAAAAGAAGGAUGAAUAA